AUGCGACAACCCGCUGCCACCGUGAUGCCAGUAGACGACACGCAACAUCUACUAAGGUGCUUUUUCGAGGCCGGCUACAGGCAGCACACAGGAGAGGCGACAUAUGGAGUUGUGCUUCUCAAUCACGAUGGUGCUUUCGUGGCGGCCACGGCCGGCACCCUCCCUGGUGCUUUUUCACCUCUUAUGACGGAGGCACUUGCGUGUAAGGAAGCCCUCUCAUGGCUUAAAGGGCGCGAUAUAGUGAUAGUUGACCUACUUACGGAUUGCAUGGAGCUGCGAAACAUGAUACACUCAAGAAGUACAGCAACUCGAUCUUAUGUUGGGGUCAUUGUAGACCAGUGCAGGACAUUUAUGUCGUUAUUUACAUAUUGUUCUUUAAAUUAUAUUUCUAGAGCUGUCAAUAUGCAUGCUCAUACAUUAGCUUCGUUAGCUUUCGAUCAGGACCAACCUAUGUAUUGA